AUCGCCGGAGCAGAGCAGCACCGAGGACAGCGCCCGGCAGCGCCGCGCCCAGGUCUUCGUCCUCCUCCGCCCGGACACCCGCACGGACCCACACACACACUCGCACACUCGCACACUCACACACGCAGACACACGCCUCGCUGUACAAUGGCAGAAUCCCACCUGCAGUCAUCCCUGAUCACAGCCAAACAGUUUUUCGAGAUCUGGCUUCAUUUCGACUCUGACGGAAGUGGUUACCUGGAAGGAAAGGAGCUGCAGAACUUGAUCCAGGAGCUCCUGCAGGCGCGAAAGAAAGCUGGAUUGGAGUUAUCACCUGAGAUGAAAACUUUUGUGGAUCAGUAUGGGCAGAGGGAAGAUGGAAAAAUAGGUAUUGUAGAGUUGGCUCAUGUAUUACCCACAGAAGAGAAUUUCCUGCUGCUCUUCCGAUGCCAGCAGCUGAAGUCCUGUGAGGAAUUCAUGAAGACAUGGAGAAAAUAUGAUACUGAUCACAGUGGCUUCAUAGAAACUGAGGAACUUAAGAACUUUCUAAAGGACUUGCUAGAAAAAGCAAACAAGACUGUUGAUGACAUAAAGCUAGCCGAGUAUACAGACCUAAUGCUGAAACUGUUUGACUCAAAUAAUGAUGGGAAGCUGGAGCUGACCGAGAUGGCCAGAUUACUACCAGUGCAAGAGAAUUUUCUUCUUAAAUUUCAGGGAGUUAAAAUGUGUGGGAAAGAAUUCAAUAAGGCUUUUGAGUUGUAUGAUCAGGAUGGCAAUGGAUACAUAGAUGAAAAUGAACUGGAUGCUUUACUGAAAGAUCUGUGUGAGAAGAAUAAACAGGAUCUGGAUAUCAAUAAUAUUCCAACAUACAAGAAAAGCAUAAUGGCUUUGUCGGAUGGAGGGAAGCUGUACCGAACAGACCUGGCCCUUAUUCUCUCUGCUGGGGACAACUAGAUUUGGGGCUACAACCACUUGUUAGCGGUACCUUGUAUCUAAAAAGAUAACUGUGCACUAUAAAGGAGUAGGCUGUAUUUUCUUUUAUAUCUGUAAAUUUUACUGCAUAUAGACAAUUAUCCAGGAUGUGUGGCACAUUCUUUUCUGCUUGUUUCUAUACUGUUUGUAAUGUACAGUUUUUGUAACUAUAUGAUUGAAAAGGAGAAGGUCUAUAUUUAGGCCAGUCAGUAUACCCAAUUAAGGAAAACCUAACGUGUUCUUGCUUUAAUAAAUACAGUUGCCCAUGAAGAUUCCUCUGAAAAUCUUCACCAGGAUUAACCUCUAAAAUUCUAUUCUCUGAUGAAAAAUGCACAUUUAUCACUGAAUAAAAGGACUAUAUAUGACAAACCAAGCAUUCUUAUUUCAGACAAUCAUAGGACUCUCCCACACAGUACUUCUGUAUUUCCAACUACUAGGAGAAAUGUGUUUUCACAUCUAAAAUACUCACAAAAAUACCUAAUAAACAGUUAAAUUGUGGAUUUAUGAAUUCAACAGUCUCACUAGAGAUUUAGUUUAUUAAUCAAAAACAUGAGUAUUGCUUCAAGCAAUACCAAACUAUUGACUCAACUUGACGUGGUGACAAAGGAAGGCAGCACCAGGUGACAUCGAUCUUAUUCUAAGUCUGUUUCCAACAAGUCUACUGUGAGAGUAUGACUUUGAUCUAUUUUCUAUUUUCAUGUGUUUCAGAUUAUAAUUAUUCUGGUAACUGCUGUUUUAUGUCUAUAGUGUGUAAGCUCUGAUUAAAUUUAAUAUGCUAAGUAUCCUGGUGUCUAGUUUGCAUACUUCCUGGAUUUUCUUUCUAUUGUAGAACUGUUCAUUUCACCAAGGGUAUCUGCUGCCUCUGAAAAUAUUUUUUUCUAGCUAUAACAACUCUAUUUUUUACUACAUAAUUGAAUUUUAAUGUAAAAUUCAUAGCAUCCUGAUUAUUAAUGUUAUAUCAUCAAUACUUUUGUGUAUUCUGUGGAUUCUAUAUUUCACAUUGAGAUUAGCAUUCAAAAUAGUUCUAUUUCUAUCUGCAAAUAGUUUCAAAUGAGUUCAAAAUAGCAUCUGAAGAAAAAUGCUACUGUAAUCAUCUUAUCUAGCAAAGGAAAUUCUAAACCUUUCUUUGGCCCACAUCUAAGUCACAGUUGCAUAUAUUGUAGCUAGAAUAUCUUAUACUGGUUAUAGUUGAUACGUAAUGAUGGUGAUUUUAUAUUGUCUGUGGAGCAAAGAGUAAUGACAGAAAUGUCUAUGUGGAAUUUAUAAAGUUACAAUUAAAAAGUUGAUGAUGGUUCUGGGUCAAUUUGAAUGUUCCGAUUCAACACUUAGUUUUUCAACUCAUAAAACUAACAAGACAAUGUGAGCUAUCUCCUUCCCUCAAGAAUGAACAGGGAAAAGAUCUACCAAAAAACAAAAUUUAUCAAUUGAUGUGAGUAGUAGAUUGGCUUUGCCUGCAGUGUAUAAAUGGAAGCACUAACAUUAGAUUGAAUUUAACUGUAAGGAAUAAAGAAAGGAGAAAAUA